CGCAGAAACCCUAGAAGGCCACACUAGCUCUCCGCCGCCGCAGCCGCCGCCGCCGCUCGUCGAGCUCUCCCCCCUCUACCAUCCAGGAUGAAGUUCGUUUCUGCCUACCUUAUGGCCGUUCUGGCUGGCAACUCCAACCCCACCGCGGAGGAUCUGACAGCUAUUCUGGAGUCAGUUGGUUGUGAAAUCGACAGUGAAAAGAUGGAACUCCUGUUGUCUCAAGUGAGUGGUAGGGACAUCACUGAGCUCAUCGCUUCUGGGAGGGAGAAGUUUGCUUCAGUUCCAUCUGGUGGUGGUGCAGCUGUUGCUGUUGCUGCUCCUGCUAGCGGUGGUGCUGGUGGUGCUCCUGCAGCUGAGGCGAAGAAAGAAGAGAAGGUGGAAGAGAAGGAAGAAAGUGAUGAUGACAUGGGCUUCAGUUUGUUUGACUGAGGGAUGCGGUCGCCUCACCUAUCGUCAGGAAACUUAGAUUGAUGAUGCUUGGGAUUUUACUUUUCUUUAGUCAAGUUGAAAACACUCUUGAGGAAAGACUAUGCUUCCUACUAUGUUUUGACAUGUAGUAAUGCAGCCAUAGGUUGCUGGUUAUGUUACUGGUGAACCAUGCUUUUGCUAUCGAAAUUCAAUGCUUAAUGGAGGAUAAAUGUGCCCGGCAGUAGUA